AUGGCUGAGGCUGAGGCUGUCCCGGAGACUUACGAGCUUGCAAGAAUAGGCACCUUCCUCUCUUGCUUCCCUUCGGCGUUUGGCUGUCCACGACAGGGCCUCGCAGCGCCUUCUGUCCGGGGCCGCAUACAGCUUGCAAAGUGGAUGCAAGGGGGAAACCAUUUCUUGUCUGGCUUGGAGGCGUUUUCACACAUUUGGGUCACCUUUCUGUUUGACAAGAACAAACACAGUAGCGCAUCAUUCUCAUCCAGUUCGUUCUUGAAGCCCACUGUUCGACCACCUUGGCUUGCAGGUGACGAUGGGCGCCGCGGAACUCGGGGAGUUUUUGCAACAAGAUCGCCUCACCGCGUAAAUCCAAGGAAUGUGGUCCAAACCCACUUGGGUUGA